AGGAGAGAAGAAGAAGAAGUUCUCUGGUCUCUGACUCACUGUUUGUUUGUGUGAAGAAGAGAAGGUGAAAGAUGAAGACUCUGCUCCUCCUGGUUCUCUGCUCCCUGGCUGUCGUCUGCCUGGCCACAGAUGCUGCGCAGCCGGUUGCUGACAACCCUGCUCAGGACGGUUUGUUUGUGGAGCGGGAGCAGGCGUCCUCAGUGGUGAGACAGAAGAGAGCUCCUGGAGAGUACACACUCUCCCAGCUGGAGAGCCUGAGAGAAGUGUGCGAGGCCAACCUGGCCUGUGAGGACAUGAUGGACACCAGUGGAAUCAUCGCCGCCUACACCGCCUACUAUGGACCAAUCCCCUACUAGACACCGGAACCGUCGCUCAUCACAACCUUCUUUACUUUGCGUUCUCACCUUUGAGCUUAAAUUUGUAUUUGCACUUUCCAAAGUAAAACAUUUUCCAAAGCGAAGUUGAAGUUGUACCACACGUUUGAAAGAUAGAGUCGGCAUGUGAGGAUUUUUUUCCAUCGUCCUCCGUCAUCUCAGACUGUAGAGCAGUGUGAUGUGAUUGAAUAAAGAUAAAUAAAAGCUG